CAACCAUUCACGGCAGAUCUUUAAGGGUCACGGCUCUUGCAUCCUCCAACGAGCUUAAUAUCGGCGGCCGGUAAUACUGUAAAUCCAGCAUGAAAAAUCGACCUCAUCCUGCAUUGAAGACAACAUCACGAGGCAAUCCUUUUUCCGAGCCUCACCUCACCUCAUAUCCACCACGCCGUAAUCGCUUGUGAGAUUGACAUGAGGAGUCACAAGAAAUCACUGCUAUAUGCAUGCAGACUCUUCGGCCACGUUCACAUGUUCUGCUUUUACGGCCGGCGUUUUCUCUUUACUUCCCUGUUCUUGAUGCCCGUCAUCCGGUCGACCUCGUGUCGCGUGUCACUGAGUUCAAGCACGUGCUCACUAUAUUGGCGGUCAGUGUCUGGAUUUCUCUAUACCGUACGUAUAAGCACAGCCUUCAGGUGUCACAACAGUCUGGGCAUGACAGAAGGGGCCUAUCUGCCCAGCCUGUGGCACCUGCUUUUUGUCUUAGCCCCCGCAACCACAUGUCCUUAUUCCCAGAACUGCGAGAGGGCCGCCAGUCACUCUCUUAUCUGUGAGAGGGAAUUGUAUCUCACGGCCAGUCUCUUUCUACCACGAGCAGUAGCAAUUGCAGUUUCUUGGGAAUCUUUGCCAUCACGAAUCACUUGAUCCUAUUCCACAAGCAAUUUGGUCUACGACACGCCCAUCCUACUCAUUAUAGUCAUAUCUCCAGAAAUUCUU